AUGUGUUAUUGACGUAUGCACCAAUAGAUGAAAAAUAGGAAAAAUAUUAUAAAUGUAAAUAUCUACUUCUGUCUAAAAAUACAAUAACAAACAUGAUCGACAUCAAACAUUCAGACAUGUAACAAAAAUAAAACCCUUUAAUAAAAACGGAACUUAGGAUCAAUUCAAAUGAAACAAUGAUGUUUUUUUACAUAUCAGCAAGAAAAGCAUGCCAACCCGUGAUCGUUCAGAAUUCUUCCCGUGUCCUCUGGUAUGUUUAUCGAUACUAUUCAUAGCUAUGACCGCCGCUGUCUGUGCAUCGUGUAUGUUUGGACAAUGUCACAAUCCUAGAAGGGUCUCAAUGACACAAGGAGGGAUACUACAUAAUCGCACCCAUGUUUGCCCUAUGUGUAACGUCUACAACACAUUAAUGCACGUCUAUCAGCGCAUGUUUUGCGAUGAAAAUACUAAUCUACAAUCACCAAGAGUGUCCAUUGACGUGAGAGACCGUCGAGAAUCACGGAACGAAGUAUACACAAAAAGACCGUCUGGAGAGAUUCAUUCAUUAAAAUCACCUCAUGAUAUUAGGGAACGGAUACCAUCCCACCAAGAUUUUUUAGAAAGGAAGCCGAGUGUACAAUUUGAAGAGAGAAGAUCAAAUCCAACAAAUACUAUGGACAGUAAAAUAUCCCCUAGAAACAUUGCACAAAAAAUAACGCCAAUAGAAACAAUAAAUAAAAAAGAAACAUCUCCACCUUCAAGAGAAUCGCCUCCGCCUCCCAUUGCUGUUUCAGAGAAAAAAUCGUCUCAGGAAAUUAAAGAAAAACCAGCAAAAGAACCGAAGUCGAAAAUGUUUAAAAAAGGAAAGGAUCAAAGUAAAACAAAAACGGACAAGGGUCGUGGCUUUGGGCUUUUUAAAAGGAAAUCUCCAACGAUCGCGAACAAUUGUGAAAAAUGUAAUGAAAAAAACGAAAUUUGUGUUGAUAGUUGCCCAAAACCACCAAGUAUGACUUCAGUGAAGACAGAGUCGCGCGGAUCGAAAAAGAAAUAGUAUAUCCUACUAAAAUAAUCCUAAAACUUUAAAUUGUGAUUUUGACAAAUAAAUACGCCACGAACCCAAUGGUCUGAAUAGAAACAUUGCAUGUGGUAACAUAAUCAUAUGAGAUGAUUUUAGUCUUUUGCAAUCAUGUAUCUAGAAAUAAUAAA